CUUUCAAACCUUGCUAUUAAAUAUGCUGGCUUCAUUCACUGACGGCAGCUAAAAAGAAGAAGAAAGCAUCCUCUCCAUUCUUCAAAAUCCUCCCAAGAAUUUCGAGAACUUGUGCAGUCUCAUUGGUUGAUUCAUAGUUAUAGAUCAUGGAUGAAAUAGAAGUUCCUGAAUAUUUUCUAUGCCCCAUUUCGCUGCAAAUCCUGAAAGACCCAGUUACAACAAUAACAGGCAUCACUUACGAGCGAGAAAGCAUAGAGCAAUGGUUGAAGGCAGCAAAAAGCAACGCUACUUGCCCCGUAACAAAGCAGUCUUUGCCGAGAGAUUCUGAGUUGACACCAAAUCACACAUUGAGGAGGCUAAUUCAAUCAUGGUGCACCGUGAAUGCUAUAUGUGGGGUUGAUCGAAUCCCCACCCCAAAGUCUCCAAUCAAAAAGAGCCAAAUAUUUAGACUCCUCAAGGAUCUUGAUGCCCCUGAUGAUCACUUGCGUACGAAGGCAGUAAGGAGAAUGGAAGCCCUUGCCAAAGAGAAUGAAAGGAACAGGACUUGCAUGGUGGAAGCUGGUGUGACAAAAGCUGCGGUUCUUUUUAUCAUAAAAUGUUUCAAAGAAGGAAAGACUGCUGGUCUUGAAGAAAUUUUGAGAAUUCUUUAUCUUAUUUGGAACCCAUCUCAAGAAAUCAAGCUUCUUGUUAGGGAGAACCAAGAUUUCAUCGAUUCAUUGACAUGGAUUUUAAGUUGUGAUCAGAUAGACAAUCACGUUGCUGUCAAGACCCAUGCAAUGCUAUUAUUGCACAAAACAACGGAGAUUGUAUGUCAAAAGCUAUUGGGGAGUUUAAAGGUUGAUUUCUUCAAAGAGAUCAUAACAAGGGUUCUUAGAAAGAGGAUCUCUAAACAAGCCAUAAAGUCAUCCUUGCUUGUUCUUGCAGAAGUGUGUCCUUGGGGCAGAAACAGAAUGAAAAUUGUUGAAGCUAAUGCUGUUUUCGAGCUCAUUGAACUAGAACUAGAGAAACCCGAGAAGAACAUCACAGAGCUCAUUUUUAAUAUCUUGGCUCAAUUAUGUUCAUGCGCAGAUGGGAGACAACAGUUUCUAAAGCACGCAGGAAGCAUUGCCAUGCUUUCAAAGAGGGUCCUUAGGGUUUCUCCAGCAACAGAUGAUCGAGCAGUGCGCAUACUUGAUUCAAUCUCAAAAUUUUCUGCUGGAGACGAAGCUGUUCUAGAGAUGUUGAGAGUUGGUGCUGUGUCAAAACUUUGCAUGGUUAUUCAAGCAGACUGUGCUCCCUACUUGAAAAAGAAAGCAAGAGAAAUCCUUAGGUUGCACUCCCAUAUGUGGAACAAUUCUCCUUGCAUUGCUGUAUAUUUGUUAACCAGGUAUCCUGGAUAAUUAAUCCAUUAGUUUCUUCCCCUUUUUU